AUGGUCUCACCAUUUCGUGUAGGAAGCACAGUAAAUGCAAGAAGAUUGUCAGUUAACGACUCAUUUCGUGAUGUGGAAAAUAACAUUAGGAGAGCUGUCGCCAAACUGAAUGAACUAUGGGAUCAGAUACACAUGUCUGAAUCCGCAAGAGUUUCUCGCGUUGGCGUUGCGUCUGAAGAGAGCAUGGUUGCUGCUGUAGGCACAGACAUUGAGAACGGACUCAACAAGAUAGAUAGGAUGCGAUCACAGUUGAAAAUGGAACCUUGGCAGAAUGCGAAAGCCCCUCCUGGUUCUAUAGAACUUCUCAAAUCUAUCGAAAGCGAGAUGAAGAAACUAAAACCUCUUUACGAUACUCGUAAACGAGAGCAAGAUGAGCUGUUAGAGCAGCUUACACAAUUGUCGUUCCGCCUUGGAGUUGAAGAGGAAAAUAUAGUCAGAAAUGAAGAAGAUGUGAGUCAAUCAUUUUUUAUGAACAGUUGAUG